UAAAACUCAGUCUGCUGUCGGUGAGGAGGUAGCUGAGUAGCUUUGGCUUUACUAAAAGCUUAACAGAGAUUGGAUUAAACAGUAGGGUCGCCCGUUACGUGGUCUGUUUGAGAUAUUUGUGCUGUUGGGAGACUUUUGUGUAGAUGUAGAGGAUUAUUUUUAAAUGAUUAUUAUUCUGUCUGUUUCAGGAGGCUCCACUGAGAUUUCAGAACAAACAAAUUAAGAAAAUGCUGCACGUAAUGAAAUCGAAUUAAUCUGCUUGACGUGCAACUGAAGAUGGAGUUUGUUAAAGAGGAGUUUAAAGAGGAGAAUGAAGAUGUCAGUAUUUCAGAACCAUUCAGACUGAAGAAUGAAGAUACUGAGGAACAAAGAGACCUGAUGAAGCUGAAAGAGGAAAGUGAAGCACUGAAUGAAGAUACUGAGGAACAAAGAGACCUGAUGAAGCUGAAAGAGGAAAGUGAAGAACUGAAUGAAGAGAAGAAACAUCAGUAUCAGGAACCUGCUAAAUUCGUAACUGGAGAAAAAACGUAUAGUUUUUCACAGACCGAAAAGAAACACUCACAAGAAAGAACUCAAAGAACAAAAUCAGAAAAAUCUUUCACCUGCCCUCAGUGUGGAAAGAGUUUCACACGUAAAGUAAGUCUUAAUGUCCACAUAAAAACUCAUACUGGAGAGAAACCUUUCACAUGCCCUCAGUGUGGAAAGAGUUUCACACGAAAAGUAAGUCUUAAUAUGCACAUAAGAACUCACACUGGAGAGAAGCCUUAUUCAUGCCAUCAGUGUGGAAAGAGUUUCACACGUAAAGUAAGUCUUAAUAUCCACAUAAAAACUCACACUGGAGAGAAGCCGUAUUCAUGCCAUCAGUGUGGCAAGCAUUUUACACACACCACAAGUUAUAAGAAGCACAUAAGAAUUCACACUGGAGUGAAACCUUUUGCAUGUUUUCAGUGUGGAAAGAAUUUCAUUGACAAAGCAAGACUUGGAGAUCACAUGAGAAUUCACACUGGAGAGAAGCCUUUCACUUGCCUUCAGUGUGGGAAGAGUUUCACAAGUAAAACAACACUAAAUGCUCAUAUGAAGUGUCAUUUUGGAGAGAAGUUACACCAAUGUUCUCAGUGUGGCAAAAGUUUCAUUCGGGCAAGAUAUCUCAUUGUUCAUCAGCGCUUUCACUCUGGAGAACGGCCAUUUAGCUGUGAUCAGUGUGACAAAAAAUUUGUUUGUUCAUCAAACCUAAAAACACACUUGAAAAUUCAUGCAAAUGAGAAGCCUUACACGUGUUCUCUUUGUGGUAAGAGUUUUUCAGAGCUGGCCUAUUUUAAACAGCAUCAGUUAAUACAUACUGGUGUGAAAGAUCAUGUGUGCGGAGAGUGUGGAAAAGCCUUUGCCCGAAUCAGCUCCUUGAAACAGCACCAAAGGAUUCAUACAAGAGAAAAACCAUACAUGUGUUCACAUUGUGAAAAGAGUUUUGCUUAUCCAAGACUUCUGAUUACACAUGAGAAGAUGCAUGCUGGAGAGAAGAUGUAUGACUGCUCUCAAUGUGGGAGGAGUUUCAGUUCACCAAGUACUCUACAGAGACAUUUAAAGAAGAACUGCCCAAAGAUGUCUCUAGAUCUCGGUCUGGAUGAAGUGCCGAUGGAGCUUAAGGAGGAAAGUCAAGAUCUGAAUGAAGUGGAGGAGAAACAAGAGUAUCAGGAACUUGAUGUCAUUAGUGGAGAACAAUCAUUUAGUUGCUCACAGACUGAAGAAACCAAAUCCAAUAAAUCUUUCACUUGUCCUCAGUGUGGGAAGAGUUUCAAAGAAAACAAAACGUUUAAGAGUCACAUGAGAAUUCACACUGGGGAGAAACCUUUCAAAUGCCCUCAGUGUGGAAAGAGUUUCAGACAAAGCAGAGGCCUUAUAGAUCACAGAGUAAUUCACUCUGAAGAGAGGCCUUUCACAUGUCAUCAGUGUGGAAAGUGUUUCAAACGUAAAAAUCAUCUGGAUAUUCACAUGCUAAUUCACUGUGAAGAGAAACCUUUCACAUGCCUUCAGUGUGAAAAGAGUUUCAGACGUAAAGGAGAUCUUGAACAACACACGAAAAUUCACUCUGGAGCGAAGCCUUUCGUAUGCCAUCAGUGUGGAAAGAGUUUCAGACAUAAAAACACCCUUGAUUAUCACACAGCAUCUCAUAAUAGAAAUAAGUCUUUCACAUGCCACCAAUGUGGAAAGAGUUUUAAAUGUAAAGAUAGUCAGGAUUGUCACAUGAGAACUCAUAAUGGAGAAAAUCCGUACACAUGCUGUCAGUGUGAUAUAAGUUUCAAAUGCGAAGCAUACCUCCGUAGACACAUGAAAAUUCACUCGAAAAUGAAGUCUUUCAUAUGCCCUCAGUGUGGAAAGACUUUCCAAAACAAGAAAAGCCUUGCUAACCACAUGGGAAUUCACACUGGAGAGAAGCCCUUCACAUGCCGCCACUGUGGAAAGAGUUUCAAAUUCAAAGGGAGCUUGAAGAACCACAUUGGAAUUCACGCUGGAGAGAAACAUUUUCACAUGCCAUCAGAAUUGGAAAUGGAAUCAGAAAGAGCUUUAUUGCCAAGUUUUUCAUUAUUCAUAAACGUGACAAGGUUUGCAGAUGAGGAGGGAAAUCUCCAGGUGAAACGACUGAGAUCUGUGAGACAAACUGCUGUAAAGAUGGAGUUUAUUAAAGGAGAGAUUGAAGACAUCAAUAUUACACAACCAUGCAGAAUAAAAAGUGAAGAUACUGAGGAAAAAAUAGACAUCGUGGAAGUGAAAGUGGAAAGUCAAGAGGAACUCAGUGAAGUGGAUGAACCUGAUGAUGAUGUCAUAACUGGAGACAAUACUUUUAGUUCCUCAAUGACUGGAAGUAUAAGACACAAUUCUCAAUUCACACAAACUGUACCUCAAAAAAUAGAAACCAAAAAUGAUUUCACUUGCCUUGAGUGUGGAAAAAUUUUCAUUCAAAAAGGACACUUUACUAACCACAUGAUAAUUCACAGUGGAGAGAAGCCUUUCACAUGCCAAAAAUGUGGAAGGAUUUUCCAAUACCUGGGAAGACUCAAUAACCACAUGGAAAGUCACACUAGAUGGAAGAAUUUAAGAUGCCAUUACUGUGGAAGGAUUUUCCAAUACCUAGGAAGACUCAACAACCACCUGGAAGUUCACUGUAGAAAGAAAUUAUUCACAUACCAUCAGUCCGGAAAACGUUUCAGUUACAAUGAAGGUCUAAGUAACCACAUGAAAAGUCACGCUGAAGAGAAUCCUUUCAAAUGCCAUCACUGUGAAAGGAGUUUCAAAUACAAAUCAAGCCUCAUUAACCACAUGAAAGUUCACACUGGAGAGAAGCCUUUUACAUGCCAUCAGUGUGGAAUGAGUUUCAAAUACAAAGAAACCCUUAGUAACCACAUGGGAAUUCACACUGGAGAGAGGCCUUUCAUAUGCCAUAAGUGUGGAAGGAUUUUCAAAUAUGAAGGAAGACUCAAUAACCACAUGGCAGUUCACUCUAGAGAAGCUUUUCACAUGCCAUUAGUGUAGGAGUUUCCAAUGCAAAGAAGGCCUUAGAAACCGUUUGGGAAUUCCUACUGGAGCUAAGCAUUUUAACAUGACUUAAGUAUGGAAAGAGUUUCACCAUUAUGCAAACUUAAUCGCAUUCAUGAAUAGGGAAAAAGGGGGUUACAUUUUGGUCAGAGCAGCAAUGUUUAUGCAUUACAAAAAUUAUCCUACUGUGCACUGACUGCUAUACAGACUGUAGGUAGCAGCCUUGAGCACGACUGACAUAAAUCCUACAGAUGAGCUCUUAAAAUAAUAGCCUGCUUCCAUUAAUAAUUCAGAAACAAUAGUAUACUGAAUUAUCCACUUUUUAAGAAGUUACUUUGUUGUAAAUUAUUCAUGCUUUAGAGAUUGUUCAUAAUUUUCUGUUUUAGAGAAUUUUUAAGAUUUGCAUUACAUAGAACAUUGUUACGUCCAUGCCAUAGUCACAACUCAUAGAUUUUUGCCAUCUUAGUAACACGAGAAACAUUUUUCAAGUUCAUCUGUGCAUGCGUUUGCUUUAUUGUCUGUGCAGACGUACGUUGUAUUACAUUUGUGCUGUUUUGCACUUUCUUACCCCGUUUAUGCUUAAUAAGCCGACAAUGCGUGCUGUCAUGUAAACGCAAUAAACGGCAUUCCUUUAUUAGUCCAAGGGCAUAAAUGGCGUAAGAAUAAACCAAUCGACAAGUGUAGAUUUCUACCCAUUACGGCGAUUUCAUGUGGCAUGCAAACACCUUAACCGGCAUUCUUACCAGCUCAUCCAACGUGCGCACGUGUCGAGCACGUGCCUCUUCGCGGUUUGACGACAAAAACAGAAAAUAACGUGAUUAUUUCAAAUGUAAUGAAACGUGGAUUUCUUUAUUUCUCCGAUUUUUUUUUUUACAUUUUAGAGAGUAAUGUGCUUUUUGAUGUGCAUGUAAACAUGCUCAGUGAGUAUAUUAUUAAUUUAUGUAAUUAUCAUAGAUAUUAGUAAUUACUAAUUUACUAAUAGCGAACAGAGAAUCCAAAUUCAUUUCUAUGUAUUUUAUUUUGUUUCAGAAACAAAUUAUCUUGUAUGUGCAUGUUUUUACAUAACUGCACAAUAAAGCGUUUAAACUUGGCUAAAGACUCUUCUCGCUGAACGGAGCUGGAGCCUUGAAGUGGGAAAUGGAGUACCACACGGUAAAAUGUAUAUCGUGUUUAACAGGAGAAUACAUGUACAUAUUACAUACAUACAAUGUAAAUACAACAGUUCAAUGAACACGUACAUUAUAAAAAUUACGGUAUGGUCAUAAAAACUAAUUUGUGCAUGGAACUUCUUUCUUACACGACGGAUCAGAAUCUGCCAUUGCUGGUUCAAAACUAAUGAUGCGUCCAAACCUCUGUUGUCCCUUUAGAAAUAGUAUCACGGCUUGUGCUAUUUCUAACAAGUCAUUGGAUAAACAAGGAUAGACGGAUGGAUGUGUGUGUGUGUGUGAGAGAGAGAGAGAAGGAGCGUGUGCGAUCACCUGUUGCCACACCCAAUCAGAGAUGCUGUCAGCUUUCUGAAGGUCAGCUUUCUCAGUGGAAAAUAGACGUCCAAGCGGGGCAUUCCUCUCUAUUUCGCGGUAGCCGGUGCGCAAGUGUCAUUACUAUAGAAACAGCGAUGUCCUCCGCCAUUUUAAACAGUAUGUAUCCAAUGUGGAAAUUCUGAUAAAAGGUAAGGACUUUUGAGUUCUGUAAUAAAUCAAUCUGUUGUGUCUCAGCAUGAGCCUUAAUCAUGAAGUUGUCCGUUUAAAGCUGUUUAAAGCUAUUUCCUUGCUUUGGUAAUGUAUUAGUAAUACGAAAAAUCAAGGAGCACUGUUGUAUGUAAACAAUGUCUAACGGAUUCACUUUACGUCACCAACUGGCUCAGAUUACACACAAAAAUUAUCUUUUGCCACCACCUGCUGGCUAACAGUAAUUUUUUAAUUUAAUUUAAUUAAAAAAUAAAGACAGUAACUCCUAGCAGAUAUGCACUGCUCUUACACUUUAGUUUAGAAAGGCAGGAACACAAGCGGAGUGAUACACACACAGUGAAGCGUCUGAGUGCUGAUGUGUCAGACCAUCAGUGCUCAUGGAACGUCUCUCGUCCAAUCAGAUUCGAGGACCAGAACUAACUGUGGUAUAUAAUAAAAUACAACAUAAAUGUAACAAAUAGAUGCACACUAGGGGGGCUUAAUGCAGAUUUACAUAAAAAUAUUCAAACAUUUGCAAAUUUUCUUUUUGCUUCCAUUUCUUUCUUGAAUGAUGUAAAACAGGGUUUUUAUAGGAAAACUUACAGUUGUGA